GAGAGGAGCCUUUAGUUCCGUCUAUGCAGGUGUUCGGAUAUCGGAUGGCAAAGAGGUUGCCGUUAAAUGUGUUUUAAAGGAAUUAUCGACAUAUAUCUAUUGUCCCUGUGACAGAGAAAGUUUUCCUCUGGAGUUGGCAAUAAUGAAACUUCUGUGCAAGCAGCCUCGAUGCCCUUACGUGAUAGAGUUGUUGGAGUGGUUUGAGACAGACACAGCCUUCAUCUUAAUACUAGAGCGGCCCGAACCCUGCGUAACGCUCUUCGACUAUUGUAGAAGUUUACAAAACCAAGUGCCUGAUGCUCAGGCUCAGUCCAUCAUGCAGCAGUUAGUUAAAGCUCUACGCCACUGCCAUGACCGUGGCGUGUUCCACAGAGACAUGAAAUUAGACAACAUUCUCUCUAACAUUCAAACCAUGGAAGUGAAGCUGAUUGAUUUCGGCUUUAGUUUUCUUCGCAAGGACACCACUUGCACAGAAUGUGAUGCCACUACAAUCAUCGUCCCAAAGAUUUGGAUAUGUGAAGAUGAGAAAAGAGCAGAAUAUGAUGUCAUCCGUGAUCUGGGCCUACUCUUACUUAGCAUGUUAUGUGGAGGAAUUCAUGUUUUUGAUGACGACUUGUUGGUGUUCAAGGAUAAUCUGUCUGAUGGCAGCAGCUCCAGCAGCAAGGAUUUAAGAACCCGCCAAGCCUGCCUCAGACAGCCCCCUGGGUCCCUCUACGAGUUCGCCUAACUUCUUCACAAGCCUUUAAAGAUGCACCUUAUGCAUAGCCAAGUUUGCAUUGUACAGAGAAAGCACAAGAAAUACUUGUUUGAACCCUAUUCUUGCCUACUGUCUCUCUGUGAUCAUCCCAACACAACAAUAUUUACAUUUAUUGCAUUUUUCCAGAUUGGCUUACAAUUGAGCAGGGAAGGGUUAAGGGCCGCUUGGUGGUGGUGGGAUUUGAACUUGUGACCUUCUGAUACAAAGUCCAAUGUCUCUACCACCCAGCAACCACCUCUAUAUACCGCCUCUAAAUUUCCACAACCAUUUUAUG